CCGGGUCUCGGUCCUGUCGGAGAGCAGCGCAGUGAGCACACAGCCUCUCCUUUAUAUGCUAGCCAGACGCCCCGUUACUCGGGUCAGUGCAUUUAAAUCACAUUAUCUUUGAAUCAGAAACACCAAGCUGCUAUUCGGCGUGAACAAUAAAGAGUCACGAUGCUCUCUGCCAUGUCAGUUAGCGUCCACCGGGCUGAGCUAGUUAGCGUUAGCAUCUCUUUUGCGCACGGCACGAGCUCCGCCAAACGGAAUGAAAGCCUCGUUCUAGAGCGUUCCAUGGAGACCGUGACCUCACUAAGAAGUUCCAGACCUCAGUCUAUAAAGUGGCAUGUUAUUAAGAGGAUGUUCGCUCCACACUUCAAUUCCCACAAGAGCAGACCAAGAUUUUACUGUGAGCCUGAAAAGAGCAAACCAAGAUUUUACUCUUUGAACAAUGACCAUAGUUAACAGGUCACCAGAGAAGUCUGACCACGAGUCAGCCGGGUGUCAGCGGUCUCCCUUGACCAGUGGAGACAUGGAAAUGGAUGGUAGCUUGGCAGUGGGUCCCACCAUACCCAGUGACUCUCCGGGGUUGAAGGCUCCAGGAAGCUCCCUGGGCCCGACACCCGGACCUGCUGUCUACAAUAACACGCCCUCUUCUGUGGGACGGCCCGAGGAGCAAGUGCUGAGCUGUGAUGAUGGCCUUGACCUGCCCCAGAUGGUCCUCUUCCCUGCAGAGCGGCUCCACCUGAAGUGGACACAAGUUCACCCCAUCGGCGCAGGCUUGCAAAAUAUGGGGAACACCUGCUUCCUAAACUCAGCCCUGCAGUGUCUCACUUACACUGCUCCACUUGCAAACUACCUGCUGACACAGGAGCACUCCAACACAUGUCACGAGCCAGGGUUCUGUAUGAUGUGCACCAUGCAAAACCACAUCACUGAAGUUUUUGCAAACUCUGGAGAUGUUAUAAAGCCCACUGGUGUGCUCAACAAACUCACAAACAUUGCAAGUCACUUCCGCCGUGGGCGCCAGGAGGAUGCACACGAGUUCCUGCGGUACACAGUGGAUGCUAUGCAAAGGUCCUGCUUACCUGGAGACUAUUUGGACAGGCAAACGCAGGCAACCACUUUCAUCCAUCAGGUAUUUGGCGGGCAACUGAGGUCUAGAGUUGAAUGUUUAAACUGCAAAGCAGUCUCGGACACAUUUGACCCUUUUCUGGACAUACCUCUGGACAUUAUGACGGCUCGCAGUGUCUCCCAGGCUCUGGAACAGUUCGUCACACCAGAACAGCUGGGUGGAGAUGACUCCUACAAAUGCGCCAAGUGCACAAAAAUGGUCACAGCCUCAAAGAGACUUACCAUCCAUCGCAGCUCCAACGUGCUCACACUCUGUCUCAAUCGCUUUGCAAACUUCAAUGGAGGCAAAAUCACAAAGGGUGUGAAAUAUCCCGAGUACUUGGACCUGCGGCCCUUCAUGUCUCAGUCUCAGGGGGAGCCUCUGCUCUACGAGCUGUAUGCUGUGCUGGUCCACUCUGGAUUCAGCUGUGAUUCUGGACACUACUAUUGCUAUAUUAAGGCCAGCAACGAUCAGUGGUAUAGGAUGAACGACUCGACUGUGUCUGUCAGGGACAUCAAGUUUGUUCUCAACAAGCAGGCCUAUGUCCUUUUCUACGUCAAAUCCACUGAUGUAAAGAAAAAUGGGGACUACGGCCUGAGUUCUUCCUCCUCAUCUGUCUCCCACUCGAUCAGUAGACCCACAGUGAUACCUGAUCAAGACAAAGUCCGGAAGAUUUCAUUCGUCUUCGGGCUAGGCAAACAGAACGGCCCAUCCUUGUCAUCCUCUGACAGCCAGCCAUCCUCUGCCAACAGCAGUAAUGGGGAGCAUCAUACUGGAGGGAAUGGAGCCUCAUUUUUGGUGCCAUAUGGCCUCGAGUCUUCAGAGGAAUCGGACCAGGAGAACUAUGGCUCCCAGGAAUAUGGCCUAGAGUCGUCAGAGGAAUCAGACCAGGGGUACUGUAGCUCCCUGGAAUAUGGCCUCGAGUCUUCAGAGGAGUCGGACCAGGAGAACUGGGGCUCCCUGGAAAAUGGCCUAGAGUCUUCAGAGGAGUCGGACCAGGAGAACUGGGGCUCCCUGGAAAAUGGCCUAGAGUCUUCAGAGGAGUCGGACCAGGAGAACUGGGGCUCCCUGGAAAAUGGCUGUUCUAAUAAUUGUCCUACAGGCACAAACGGAGAGUCAGGAGUUCACCAUAAUGGGACUGGAUUGAAUGGAGCCACUGAUGGUGUCACCAAAUCUGGUCAAAGUGAGCACCAGUACGGAGACCACAAAGUGAAUGAACACCAUGGGCUCCAUGUGACUCCCGCUGCAGCUAAUGGGCUUGACAGUGACCACAGUCACUUCAGUAAAGAGGCGCAUAACUCUGCCUCUCAGGCUAGUUCUUCUCAGAACAGCCACAGCGCAAAAUCCAACGUCUCUCCCCCUAAAGCUCAUUUCUCCUCGUUUGAAUCCGCUCAAAACAAGGCGGAUCGUACUCGCAAGAGGAGCCGGAGCAAGGAAAGGGAAGGCAGCCCUGAGGCGCAUCGCUCUAAAAACCCCAAAAAGAGCGAGGAAAAGAAGAAAUCAAAAGAUAAAGACAGACACCGUGAGAGAGAAAGCUCCGGUGAUUCUGACAGAGCCGCAGAAACAAAAAAGAAAAAGAGGCGGCAGUGGGACAGCGAGGUGGAGCACCACAGCCCUCUCAGUCACAAGAACAGGAGCAGCGAGGAGAGGGAGAGCCGUAAAAGAAAAUAUGAUGAUAUCAAGAACUCUUAACAUGACAAUUAUCCACCUGAAAAACGCCGACACAUUGACCGCGCAGGCAACAGUGGUUAUCAUCAUCUCCCCUUCAACUACGCCUCUCCCACAAAUGUCACCUCCAUCUCAGCGGGUUCACAGGAAAUGGCUACAGCCCAACCAACGGGGACUCCCACCCGCUUCUCUGGUGGAUCCAAGCUCUGUACAAGCAGACUGCACUGGCAACAAUGGUAAAUAUCAGCUGUUUGUAGACCCGUGACCACCAUCCCAUCAACACCGGAGGAAUGUCAUCAACAACCUUUUGAGCUGGUGUUCCUUAAAUGGGACCCAAAAAAAGAAAAAUUGUAA